AAUGUAAAAUUAUGCAUGCUUACAAAUGAUGUCUUGGCUGUGUGUGGGCAUGCAGGGAAUGAUGCUCGGGCUGCGUGGAAGGCUUUAAAAUCAGAAUAUCAGGAGAGAGUUCAGAAGGUGGAGGAGCUGAUCGGGUCCUUUCAGGUCAACAUGGAGGAGCUUCAGGGUAGACGGCAGAAACUGGAGAACCUGCUCUCCACUUUACAGAAAAAGAAGGAGGAGUGUAAAGAGAGAGAAAGAAUCGCGGCUAAACAGAAUCAGAGAGCUGAGAAACAAAUUGGCUUUCAGCUGGAGGAUUCACUGCAGGCAGCCCAGAAAGCCUUGAAUGUGUGCAAUUCACGUCUGUCUACGCUCAAUGAGGAGGUUAAUGAGCAGUUGGUCCGUGUUAGUGAAUGGACAUUAUUGAAAGAUGCGUUGCAGACGUUAGUAACAGGAACGCAGAGAAAUAUGCAGUACAGAUUGUUGUCAGUGAGACCCUCUGAGCUGUGCCUAGAGAUUCUGCCUCGGGCUGCUGGGAAAUCACUUGAACCUCUGCAGGUCUCCAUCACCAUGACAACCGAUGACCAUUUUCAUCUUCAGGUGCUUCAGGGAACUGCUGGCCUUGUAGAAGAAGCAACAGAAGGUCAGCUUAGACAAGUGAGUGUUGCUUUGGAAGAGGUGAUGGAGCGCUACAUUAGUCAAGGAGAGAUGCUUUCAGAGAUUCAAGCUCUGCACUCAAGGUUUGCGAUUGAUUGGUGUCCAGCUGAAAGGCUUCUAAUUUUUCUAAAGACUGCGACCACAGUGUGUCAUCUGAGGGUCGGGGAGGGUUACCCAUCACAUGGCCGAGCUACUCUCAUCUCUGUGAGAAAAGAUGGAAACUUGCUUGAUAUCACCGAUCUGCAGCCCACCACGAAACAUCCUGUCCUGACAGAGUGGCUUGAGUUUCUCACCUCCGAUCCUAACAUCUGAUGUCACAGAGCGUACUCCAGCGUCAGUGAGGACAACCAUGAGUGCCAACCGAUGAAUCACACAUAAGUCAGAGACUAUUACACAAUAAUCAUCUGGAAUGUACAGUUGUAGUUGUAUUUUGUUUAAUGAAUGAAUGAAUAUUUGUAGAGUGCAUUUUUUAAUAUUGUGUGUCUUUUCACAGUAAGGAAUUGCAUUUAGACUGUUCACCAAUACAUUCGAGCAAAUAAGCAUUUUAAUUACUGUCUUGUUUUAUUUUAUUUUUUGUAUGAUUAGCAACAAAAUCAGACAGUUACUUCCGCUGAUUGUGUACCAAUAUCAUGUUUAACUAUCCUAGCAAAUAAAAGUUUAUCAAAUGUUAUACAGUCAACACUAGAGGGCAGCUCCGUCACUCUCCUCACAUGCUUAUUGUUGCAUCCACCACAAGUCUGACGUAACAGAUUAGGUAACAAUUUAAACUGUGGCUAAAGCUUCAGCCUAAUUCUUAUGACAUUUAGAUAUUGAUUUUUCUU